UCCCAGGGGGCUAAGCACCGUUUAGCUGGCUUGGGGCUGACAGUCCCCACACGCUUAGGCUCUUGGGAGUCGUAGUACUAAUCCAGUCAGAGUUGGAACCAUGGCGGUGACCAAGGAACUCUUACAGAUGGACCUGUACGCGCUGCUAGGUAUUGAGGAGAACGCGGCUGACAAAGAGGUGAAGAAGGCAUAUAGGCAAAAGGCCCUCUCCUGCCACCCAGACAAAAAUCCGGAUAAUCCCCGAGCAGCUGAACUUUUCCACCAGCUUUCCCAGGCCUUGGAGGUACUGACUGAUGCUGCCGCCAGGGCUGCUUAUGACAAGGUCAGGAAAGCCAAGAAGCAGGCAGCAGAAAGGACACAGAAACUUGAUGAGAGAAGGAAGAAAGUGAAGCUUGACCUGGAGACCCGGGAGCGGCAGGCCCAGGCCCAGGGCAGUGAGGAGGAGGAGGAGAGCCGGAGCACCAGGACACUAGAGCAAGAGAUCGAACGCCUGCGAGAAGAGGGCUCCCGGCAGCUGGAGGAACAGCAGAGGCUGGUCCAGGAGCAGAUACGCCAGGAACGAGAACAGAGGUUGAGAGGAAUGGCAGAAAAUCCUGAAAGCAAAAGAACCCCAAAGCUAAAGCUCAAAUGGAAGAGCAAGAAGGAGGCCGAGUCACAAGGCGGCUAUUCCAGAGAUGUCCUCCUGCAGCUUUUUCAAAAGUAUGGAGAAGUGCUCAACCUGGUACUUUCCAGUAAGAAGGCAGGCACUGCCGUGGUGGAGUUUGCGACCAUCAAGGCAGCGGAGCUGGCUGUCCAGAAUGAAGUGGGCCUGGUCAAUAACCCUCUGAAGAUUUCCUGGUUGGAAGGACGGCCCCAGAGCGUGGGGGGCCCCAGCCACCCUGGACUGUCCCAGGGCUCGGUGCUGUCCGAGAGGGACUACGAGAGCCUCGUCAUGAUGCGCAUGCGCCAGGCAGCUGAGCGGCAACAGCUGAUCAGCCGGAUGCAGCAGGAGGAGCAGGCCGGGCAGCCCACGUAGCCUCCUCUAUCCAGCCUUCCCACCCUACAGCCCUUUUCUUAAACAUCAAAUAAACUUUUUUAAGAGUCUA